AUGUCUAAUCCUUAUUUAGAAGCCAUUGCAAAGACAAUCGACAUCAAAAUCACACAUAGAGUAAUAGUUUCAGCAACUGUUUCAGAUGAAAUCUUAAGCAAACUUAAUGAAAUUCCAUUCAAUGCCAAGCCAGUUGUUGAAAACCAUAAUUUAUUAUGGUAUGGAUCUGAUGGUCUUUUCCUUGUAGAGUCUUUAUGGGAAUACAUUCAAAAAACGCAGAAUAUUUCUCUAACAUUCGCUCAAAAAUACGGAAGAAUUUGGUCUGCUCUCAGAAAGACACCAACUACCUUACAAGUAUCAAAGAUUGUUCCAGAAGCUAUUAUACCAUCUAAGGCUCAUCCUUUGGACACUGGCUACGACAUCAGUGUAAUCAGGGUUGUCAAGGAGAAUUUUGGACCAGGUGUUACAUUAUACGGCACAGGUCUAAUUAUUCGUCCUCCAGAUGGCUAUUAUGUUGAUAUGGUUGCUAGAUCUUCACUGUGCAAAUCAGGUUAUUUUGUUGCUAAUUGUGUUGGCAUCAUUGAUGCACAGUAUAGAGGAGAAUUAUGCGUUCCAUUAGCUAAAAUCAGCCCAGAUGCUAAACCACUCGAACUUCCAGCUCGUAUUGUCCAAAUCAUUAUCAGAGAGUUACAUGUAUGCGAUAUUGAGGAAGUUGCUGAUAUCAAUUCCACCUCAAGAGGAACAGGAGGCUUCGGAUCAUCCGGAAAGUAA